AUGGCUGCUCCUCAAAUAAUGGAAGAGGAAUCGCCCUACAUGAAAGAACGCAAGUGCGUUGUUCUUGUCGACCCUUAUUCGACGGGAUGUAUUGUCGCUCAAGAAAUGGCCAAGCGAGGUUAUCUGUUGGUUGCUCUUUGGACCAUUGGCUUUUCCGACGAAAUGAAGACCCACAUCCCAGAAUCUUGCGGACACAUGGACUACUUUGCCCAAGUUAACCAGCAGGAAACGUUGGAAGAGACAGACAAAGUUCUGAAGGCAGCGGUUGGCACUCAUCCUGUCGAGGCCUGUUUGGCCGGAGGUGAAGCAGGCGUCGAUUUUGCCGACGCCUUUUCCGAAUACCUUGGUUUGUUGACAAAUGGAACAGACAUCCCUAACCGUCGUGAUAAGAAAUUGCAGCAAGAGCUCAUUAAAAAGGCCGGUUUGCGUUCCGUUCGCCAAGCCGGUGGAUCUUCGUUUGCCGAGGUAGAAUCUUUCCUAAAGACAGAACCAUACCCAGUGGUACUCAAGCCAGUGGAAUCCGCCGGAUCUGACGGCGUCAAGCUUUGCUACAGUAUCGAAGAAGCCAAGGAACAUUUUGAUGUUCUCAUGAAGAGCCAAAUGGUCAACGGAGGGGCUUGUCCUUCCGUUCUGUGCCAAGAAUUUCUCAAAGGCAAGGAAUACGUCAUAGACCAUGUCUCGUUGAAUGGAGAACACAAAACCUGCAUGGUUUGGGUGUAUGACAAGCGCCCCGCCAACGGAUCCGCUUUUGUUUACUUUGGCAUGCUUCCCAUUCCAAUUGACAGUCCUGAAGCCAAAAUUUUGGUCAACUACACUCGUCGUACACUAGAUUCCAUGGGUUUGAAGAAUGGUCCCAGCCACGGUGAAGUCAUGAUGACAGAAGAUGGCCCAUGUCUCGUCGAGAUGAAUUGUCGUGCACAUGGUGGCGACGGAAACUGGAGAUCACUUUGUCGUGCUCUGACUGGAGGCUUUUCUCAAGUUGAAGGAACAGUUGACGCAUACUUGGAUCCGUUCUCCUUUGCCAAAACUCCAAGUCUUCCACCCAGCCCCUACAAGGCAUUUGGACAAGAGGUCAUUCUCGUCUCGUAUUCUGCAGGAAAGGUCAAGUCCACUCCCGGAUUUGACGUCAUCCGACAACUCCCUUCCUUUGUCUGCUUCGAAUCGGGUAUCAAGGAGGGCUCGGAAGUUGACUACACCGUUGAUUUGCUUACUGGAAUUGGAAGUGUCAUCCUCAUGCACAAGGACGAAGCCGUGAUUCAAAAGGACAUCGAGUUCAUUCGAUACCUGGAAAAGAUCAACGGUCUCUUUUUGUUCGAGACGAAGGCGGAGAACUUGCAGCGUCCUCGUGGAGACCUUUUGGCUAUGGAUCAAAUCACCAAUUCAACCGGGCAACAAGGCAAACCCAGAAACCACAGGCGCGUAUUCUCCUCAGACGGUCCUCUUUUGAUUCGUCACAUGUCCAAUGAUCGACCUGAAUUGCGUGGUCCACUUGUCAAGCGAAUGACCACCGUUGAUUCCUCCAAGGAAGUUGUCAUCAUUGUGGACCCAUAUUCCACUGGAUGCUGUGUCGCCCAGGAGAUUAUGAAGCGAGGUUUUAGUGUGAUGGCCUUGUGGACUAAAAACUUUGCACCAGAGAUGAAAACGCACGUUCCUUUGAGCUGUGGAGUCAUGAAGUACUACAACGAGAUCGACGAAGCCGAGACUCUUGACGAUACAGUCCAGAUAGUCCACCAAGCCGCCGAUCAGAAGCGUGUCGUUGCUUGCCUUGCUGGAGGGGAGGCAGGGGUUGAUCUUGCGGAUGCUCUUUCUGAGAAGCUUGGUGUGCGUACCAAUGGAACAUCUAUCCCCAACAGAAGAGACAAAAAGCUUCAACAAGAAUUGAUCCGCAAGUAUGGUUUGAGAUCUGUUCGACAGGCUGCUGGUGUGAAAUUUGAGGAGGUGGAACCUUUCCUAACCACUGAACGUUAUCCACUUGUCUUGAAACCAGUCGAAUCUGCUGGUUCGGAUGGUGUUAAGCUUUGCCAUUCUCUCGAAGAAGCAAAAGAGCAUUUCCAUGUACUGAUGAAGAGCCAAAUGGUGAAUGGAGGUGACUGUCCCGCUGUUCUUUGCCAAGAAUUCCUUCGUGGUAAGGAAUAUGUCGUGGAUCACGUCUCUAGAGACGGCGUACACAAGGCGGUGAUGAUUUGGGUUUACGACAAACGUCCGAUGCACGGCUCUGCAUUUGUAUACUUUGGCUGCAUCCCAGUCGAUUCGGAUUCGAGCGAAGCAAAGAUCUUGAUUCCGUAUGUCCGGGGGGUUCUAGAUGCUAUGGAGAUCACUGAUGGGCCGACACAUUGUGAAGUGAUGAUGACUCCCGAAGGUCCUUGCUUGGUUGAAAUGAAUUGUCGGGCACAUGGGGGAGAUGGAAACUGGAGGUCCUUGUGCCGAGCUCUAACAGGCGGCUAUUCGCAAGUUGAAACCACUGUUGAUGCUUACCUGGAGAAGCAAGAAUUCGCACGUACCCCAGAUAAGCCUCCGAGCCCAUUCAAGGCCCACGGCCAAGAAGUCAUCCUUGUAUCCUAUUCUCGUGGCACGGUGAAGGCUACACCGGGGUUUGAAGAGAUCAAGACACUUCAGAGCUUUGUCUACCUUGAAACUGGUGUCAAGCCUGGAUCAGUGGUUGACUAUACAAUUGAUUUGUUCACUGGGAUUGGUUCCGUAAUCCUGGUGCAUCAUGAUCAAGAGACCCUGGAAAAUGAUAUUCAGCGUAUAAGAGAGAUGGAAAAAGAGAAUCAACUAUUCGUGCUUGAGAAUCAACCUGGGUUCCUCAUGAAGUCACCCUCUUACCUCCACUUUGAUGGAACGACUACUGCAUCCUUGUAA